AUGUUAAUAAAUAAAGAAUUAUAUUUAAUAUAAUGGAUAAUCAUAGCGCUCACACUUUCUUUAUUACUUCUCUUUGAUACCGUACUUAUUUAGAUUUCUAUUAUUGGAUCAUUAAUUUAUUUUACUUGGAAAUUAAGCCCUAAACGUUACCCAAAAUUAGGAAUUGAAAUUUCAAAAAUUAAUGCAACUUGUGUUGUAUUUGGAUUUCUUAUCUACUUUGCUUGGAUUAUCAGAGAGAAUCAUGUAGGAUUCAGCAUUUUUUUAAUGAAUUAAGUCUUAUUUCAUAUGGGUGAGAUGUUGCAUGUGGCAUUCUAUAAAUUCAAUUUAUUAAAAUGGGGAAGUAUAUAUUUUAAUAAUUAGGUUAUUUAAUCAAUCAUAGUUUUGGAUAUAAUUUAGCAAUAUCAUUCUCAAUAUCUGAAUAUUUUGCAGAAUCCUAUUUUUUCAAUAAGAAUUAUUAAACAUUGAUUUUAAUUGGUGUAUUAUGUACAUUGGUUGGACAUAUAUUUAGAAUAGGUGCUUUUAUAUCAGCAAAACAAAGUUUUCAUCAUUAAGUUUAAAGUAAAAAAGCAUCUGACCAUAUCUUGAUUACAACAGGAAUUUAUAAGUAUUAACAUAUUGUUAUUUCAUAGAUUCAGUAGACACCCUAGUUAUUUUGGCUUUUUCAUAUAUUCUCUGGGAUAAUAAAUAAUAUUGUAGAAUCCUAUUUCCUUUAUUGCUUAUAUUCCUGUCUUAUAUAAAUUUUUUAUUUAGAGAAUUUAUUUAGAGGAAUAUUACCUUUAUUAAUUCUUUGGUCAUGCAUAUUAAGAUUAUAGUGAAAAUACACCCAUUUUGAUACCAUUUAUAGAGUAUUUUUUAAGAUUCUGA